UUAGGGACCCGCGCUUGAGGACAAGAGCAUCAAAACGGAGGUGUUGUCGUCGCUGAAGUCGACGCUCCCCUUGGCCGUAUUUGCGCCAUCAUCGUGCCGUCCGGUUGAGUCACCAUCGCCUCUUCACCAUAGCUGUCCCAACACUUUGAGGGCCAUGGAAUCUGGAUGCUGUGGAGUGUGAAUUUGCAAAUCGGAAGGAGCGGCAAAGAGAGGGCAAAUUUUGAGCCUGUAGAAUCCUAAUGCUGCUGCAGCAAGCUUCUCCAGUAACAGUGUUGAAGCCUCAGGCACAUUAGAUAGCAUGAUUUUUUUGGUAUAACUGGAAUUGCAAACAACUUCGAUUCAAUUGAAUGGAGUGAAUGGAAUUCAUAAGAGGACAUCUUAUGCUUCUGAGUUUGUCCAAAUCAGCCAUUUCUAUGAUUGCAAUUCAGUCAAUGAUUAUGGAUCAACUUCUCUGUGGCUGAUAUCUGCAUAUCUGCGUGCAGAAUCUUUUCAAGCAUCCUCCUGCGAAGUUGUCAGUGCAUACUAAGCAGUUCGCCUCUUUUGCAUAAAGAAUAAAUCUAUGUAAUUAAAAGUUUGGAUUAGUGUGUACUACUUGCAUUGUGUCUAAAGGUCGUCAUUGAUAGAGCUGCAUUAUCCUUACAGCUUUUUCUCUCUACAAAUAAACUAAUCUAGUAUUGUAGCCGUUAAAUUAGUCUUUUGAAGAACGAUCUAUCAUCUUCGUUUUGCACUUCUUAUCAUGGCUUCACCAGAACAAGUGAAGAAGAUUUCAUUGAUUCUGAACGUAGACGAAGAGAAGAAUAAGGUUCUCUAUGCUGAAGCAGGGAGUGGGUUCGUCAGUAUUUUAUUGAGUUUCUUAACAUUGCCCUUGGGAACUAUUUCUGCAGUUAUUGGUAAGUACUUUACUGUAGAGCCUUGCACAUUCAACUGCAUAAGCUCACUGCGUCAAAGUGUAGAAGAUCUGGACCCAAAGUAUUUUCAAUCUGACGAGUAUAAAGGGAGGUUGUUGAAUCCAGUCAACCCAUUGGAAGCUGAUUCUGUAAAUCUGGUAUAUAACUUUGAUGACGUUCAGAUGUCGGAGGGUUUUUGGGGCUAUCUUGACAAACCGGCACGUUUUAUUGUUUCUGAUGAUUUAAGAGUCAUGCCUAGUGAUACGAAAGCAGUCUUGUGGAUACUGCAAAAUUUCGGAACUGAAUUUGUUCCUAAGAGAUUUGAUGUGAAUGUCACUCAGAAAGAGGUAUUGGAUCUUCUCAAGUUAUCACUAUGGUCAAAGAGACCGUUGACAGAUUUGUUCUUACGCAAGGAGCUGCACAUUCAGAACUCUCAAAUACCACCGAAGUCUGAUUUAAGGCAAUAUGAUUUACCCAAGGGGUUUUUGGAGACGAUGAAGUUGACGAUAAUGAUAUCAAAAUCAAAAAGCAAAAUAGUGUAUGUGAAGCAUCAGAGGACUUCACAGAUCAACUUUUAAGUUUCCUGACCAUACAAUUAGGUGUAGUUGAAAGUCUGCUAAGAGGCAAAUCUGGUUUGGGCUGUAUCGAUAACUUGCAUAAGAGCUUGGGUGAUUUGGAUUCAAAUAUUUUCAUUCGUUGGUAUCUGCAGAGCAGGCUUCGCAAUCCUCUUAUUCCCCCAAGUAAUGUCCGAAACCAGCUAUUACCAAUCCAUUCUGGUAGGUCUUCAUCCGAUGGGGAUUGUGGUUAUGUUAGCUGGAGAACGUUGUUCAUGGUGGCAGAUGAUUUGUCCGUAACACCAUUCUCUCUUCCUGCUGCUUUGUCAUUUUUGCGUGAUUCCAAAAUUGUUGAGCAAGAUUUGGAAGUGAAGGACAUUUGCAUUGGGGUGAAUGAGGUGUUUGAAAUUCUGAAAGCUGCUAUUUACUCGUCGUCAGCCUUGACAACUGUUUUGGGUCCAUUGCUUAAGCCUGUGGAAGAAGAGAAGUACUCUGAUGUCUAAAUUAUUUGGAUUUGAACUUUUGAAGCAGCAGUGAUGAUGAUAUCAUUUGUUUAGAAUUUUUUUCCUGUUCAUUUUCUCUCUUAUCUUUUCUUUUUUUGGUUGUUCUUAUUCUCAUUGUGAGUAUUGUCGACUCUAAGAGAAUAUGAACAUAUGUGUGUGUACUUCUAAACCAGUAUUCUUCAAUGAGCCAAGCGAGAUGGGUUUCAUCUUUUGCCUCGAUUUUAUGAUUAAAUACGGUAGUAGUGUUUAGUUCUGAAGGAGCACUGAUGAUAGGAUCAUUUUAUUUAGAAUUUUUCCUGUUCAUCUUUC